AUGCUGAGUGGACAAUCUGGAGCCUACCCUGGCGGCAUCCAAGCGGAGAUUGCGAGAGUGCAGGUAGAGGAGGUGUACGGUGGUUGUAGACUCCGGUCCGGAGCAGACGUAUCGGUGGCUCCUUUGAAGUUCAAGAAGCAUGGGGAGAAGGCCAACUCAGGGCUUUUGCUCCAGGAUGCACAGAGCAAUGCAAUCGUGGAGCAGGCCGCAGGCCUGUCGUGUUCUUGUUUUCUGAGGGGAACCAGUGACGAUUCGAGAGAAAUGCUUAUCAAAGCGGCUGGUGUCUUGGAAGUGAAACUGAAGGAUUGGAGUUGGCUGUCUUUGUCAGAAAGGAGGAAGCAGUUCGUCUUCCGCAGCCAGGCGAUGUGUGGGUCCACCUGUAGUCAAGCAUGCGUCCUGGGGAGAAGCCGACAGUCGCCCCAUAAAGCAGUCAGCCUCGAAGCAGGGGAAGAAGAGGUAAAGGAGGACGCAAAAGAGCUCAGGCCAGUGAUCCAGAUCGAUUACUGCUGCACCUUCGCAAAGGAGAGAGGAGAGCAGCAGCUUGAGGAGGUUGAACAAGGAGAUGAGAACCAGAAGAUGGCAAAGGAUGAGCUUGACUAUCGGGCGAUCACUCGACUCAGCAUGCAAGUUGGAGGUGGCGAAGAAGUUGUGCUUCAAGGCGACUCGGAGCCGGCCAUCCAACAGAAAGGACCAAGUGUGCUGUACAAGGACGCUUGCCCAUAUUUGCAUGGCUCCUUCGUCAUGCAGCCUUCGUCCACAACCGCUUCUUCGUUGGUUCGCGAGGCGGUCCUGCCUUCGAAGCGCCAACUCACCCUCUGGCAACGUGGGAGGUUUUUCCCCCUCAUAGAUCUCAUCCUCGACUUCCUUCUCCAGGCUGAUCUUCCUCACGGACUGGUCGGGAACUUGUAUCCAUUGUUGAACACGGACUGGCCUUUGCUGUGGGAACUGCUUGAGGAGCUUGAUGUUUCAUCCGAACCGGCUUCGUCCUGCACGGGUGGUCUUGGAGUGCCUGCAGCUAUUGACUCAGCUGCAGCUCUACCAGCUGCUUUGGCCAGCUCCUCCAAGGAGGCUGAAUCAGGCGUACGAGCUAGAUCGGCUGGUGAGUAUGGGUGUUCUGAGACUGCCGGAAAAAGGGGAGGACCUCGGGCCCAAGCUCGCGACCUGGAACUGGUCACCCUGGAUAUAAAGGAUGCGUACUUGAAUGUACCCCAGAAGAGUCCAGUCAUCAUCGAGGUGGAUGCCCGGCUGCUUGGAGAUGAAAGGUCUGGCAGCAUCCCGUUCAUCCUGGAGCGGCUCCUUCCUGGGCAGCGAAUUGCAGCUUCCGAAUGGUUUCAGUUCAUGAAAAGCAUGCUGGGGGAGGCGGGGAUGAGCGGACUCAUCAAGGAACCAACCCUCUUUAGAAGCGACAAGGUUGAGGAGGAGAAGGGCUUGGUUCUGCAUGCCGACGACGCAAUCCUGGCGACCACCGCUGAAGGGCGGAAAGAGCUGGUUGAAGCUUUGAGCAGAAGAGUGGUGGUGCAAGUGUCUGAGCCAAUGCGGAAUGUUGGCGAUGAGCUUGAGUUCCUCAAGAGGAAGUACAUCAAGACUUGCGAAGGGGUUGCAAUGUUCAGCGGGGCAAAGCAUCUGGAUGGGCUGAUAGAGGCUGUGGGAAGUGUGACGCCAAGGGACACUCCGGCAGAUCAAUCCUUCUCAGAGAUAGACAAGAGCCCUUCCUUGAGCCCGAGCAAAGCAAAGAUCUUCAGGGAAUGCGUGGGAAGGCUUCUCUACCUGAGCCACACCCGGAGUGACAUCCAAUUUGCAGUAUGUGUCUUGGCGAGUGAUGUCCUACAAGCUCAUGCUUGCCUGGGAUUUCCCGGGGAUGGUAGCCUGGAGGAAGGCGGCAAGUUGGUGCUCGAGUCAGUGACAGAUGCUGAUUGGGCUGGAUGCAAGGCCUCAAGAAGGAGCAAAAGUUCAGUUCACCUUUAUUGUGCUGGUGGGCUCUUGGCGAGCUACGUCAGGAGCCAAAGAUCGAUAGCUCUUUCCAGUGGCGAGUCGGAGUACAUCGCUAUGGUCAGUGGGGCUACCGAGCUUGUCUAUUUGAAGGAGUGCCUUGUGUAUCUCAGCAGGGGCCGCUUUGAAGUCGAAGCAAUCAUGAGGAGCGACAGCGCGGCAGCACGAGGCAUCAGCCAGAGGAUGGGAUGUGGGCGAGUGAGACACUUGGACUGUGCCCUGAUGUGGGUUCAGAAUGCCAUAAAGGAGAAGGCCUUGAAAGCCGGGCCAAUAGCUGGAGUUCGCAAUCCAGCUGACGUCGGCACAAAAGCUCUAAGUGGCCAUUUUGCCAGUGCUACUUGUGCUUGGGUCAGAUGGAGUCGACAUCAGCGAGGGCUUGAGCCUUGCUAUGGGGUUGAGCCUGGUAGAAGAAGCUGCAGUUUCCUCGAUUUCGUCAUGCGUUACAGUUGUUUUGGUUCUCUGCUUUUGGAUUGGUGCAGCAUGGAUUUGUUUCCAUCUUUUCCCAACUUCGAUGAGCAGCAAGUCAAGAGCCAAAAACCAGAAGUGGGCUGCCAGGCAGAUCGAGGAAUGAGCCCAAGCGAGAUGAAGUUUGCCGAUGAUCACAUGGAAAGGUGCGAGUUCUUGACACGAGCAGUACGGGAAGAGCAUCGCGUUGUGGAGCAGUGCGAGCAGGCUCUUCGUGAUGUAAGGUCAGAAAACAGGAGGCGAGAUUCACAGGGUGAGGGCUGA